UAAGAAACACCUGCAAAUAGCACUGACCACAAUGGAAAUGUUUCAAGGGGACCCAAAAAAAGUGUAGGACCCGGCUGAGAUUUGCUUAUUGUGCCAAAUACUACUCUAUUGUGCAGUGGCUACUGGUCAGUGGAGUUGUUGGUGAACUGAAAGUGAUCAUAUCAGGCAGUUGACAUGCAUGAACCUGUAUCACAUCUCAUCCAGUUAAGGUCCUCCUCCACUCGCUCUUUUAGAAUAUAAAGGCUGCUUGGCGUCAUAGCACAGGCUACACAAAGAAAGGAAGGACAUCUGACGCGGACAUCUGUAUUGCUGUAUCUCAGCACUUGGCAAAAAACAAAACAAACAAACAAAAAAUAAACUAAAAGGCACAAUGUCAAAAGGAAUGGAGAUCAAGGGCAUUGCCCUGGGCAUUAGCGGUUGGAUCGUUAGCAUUGUCACUGGCGCUCUCCCAGUGUGGCGUGGCACGGCCCUUGCUAAUGCACAAAUCCUCACGGCACAAAAUAUCUGGGAGGGUUUGUGGAUGAAUUGUGCCAUAGAGAGCACCGGAAAGAUUAGGUGCAGGUUCUACAAUAGCAUUCUGGAUGUACCGCAGGAACUUCAGGCUUCCAGAGCCAUGUCGGUCAUCGUCAUCAUCUUGUCCAUGCUGGGUGUGAUGAACUACCUUAUAGGCACCAAAUGCACCAAAUGCACCAAUUGUAUUAUGAAGGCUAAAGUGAUGAUCAUAUCUGGCGUGAUGUUUAUUAUCGCUGGUAUCGUGGAGUUCAUUUCGGUGGCCUGGGUGGCAUACCUAACCAUUCGGGACACAAAAGAGCUUGGGGCGUCCAUCUAUGUAGGGUUUGCUGCUGCUGUUCUGAUAUUGAUUGGAGGAGCUCUGCUGUGCUGCACCUGUCCUCUACAGGAGAAGAAGUACAAGAUGCCAAGAAUGGGCGAAUCGUGCUCCACAGUCUGUCAGUGGUGGAUAUGACAUAAUGGACCAUGUUUAACACUGAUUUCUUGUAGGAAAUUAAAAAAGGUCUCACACAAAGGAUAGAGAUACUUCUAAUGAAUUAAAACAAAAUAGAAAAUCUUGUACUAAUAUGUUUAUGCUUGAAUUGCCAUCAGCGCUGUAAAGUUUUCAUUGUGUUUAAUGUCUAUUCUCAUUCUUAUUCAAUAAAACACUGCUAAAAAUCAA